GUGCGCUGCUAGUGUGCAGGUCAGUUAGGAGCUCUAAAAUACCUUCUUUCCUGCACUGUUUCUGCCAUUCUUCAAUGACACAAGACGGAAAAAAUAAUAAUGAAUCAAGAAAAACUUGCCAAACUUCAGGCACAAGUCCGCGACGGCGGAAAGGGCACUGCUCGCAGAAAGAAGGUUGUGCACAGAACUGCAACUGCAGAUGACAAGAAACUUCAGUUCUCCCUAAAGAAACUAGGAGUCCUCUCUGGCAUUGAAGAGGUCAACAUGUUCACGAACCAGGGGACAGUGAUCCACUUCAACAACCCCAAAGUGGAGGCCUCCCUGGCAGCCAACACCUUCACCAUCACUGGCCACGCCGAGACCAAGCAGCUGACAGAGAUGCUCCCCAGCAUCAUCAACCUGCUGGGAGCAGACAGUCUGACUAUUCUCCGGAGACUGGCUGAGGUUCUGCCCAAACAGGCUGGAGAUGGAAAAGCACCAAUCGCCCCCAUAGAGGAGGAAGAUGAUGAUGUUCCAGAUCUGGUGGAGAAUUUUGACGAGGCUUCCAAGGAUGAGGCAAACUAAAGGAAACAACAGACCUUCAGGAGAGUCUCAACAGGACUUGACUAGGCCGUGGGGUGGGGUGGGCACAAGGCGUUAU